GACACCGUUCGCAACAAUGAAUAUUCAAACGCAUCUCAGAUCCAACGGUCAUAACGAUAAUUUCACGACAAACUAACGACAUUCACAGAUCACAAUAACCCUCUUCUCCAUCGCGCUCAGCAAUACUCGUUGACUCGCCACUGACUCAGUACCUCUAAUCGCUGAGUCAACUCGGUCCAGAUUAAUUUCAAUGAGAACGAGCAUGCUAAAUCGACGGACGGAACAGAGGUUCCGGCAACUAGCGAUCACAGCCGUUGGAUCAAUCAAGAUGAGGCUGAUUCUCGGUUGUUUUACGGUUGCGAUGCUCUUCGUGCUCGCGAACCGAACGCCGUCGUAUUUGGGAUGGGAUACAGAUCGCUCUUUUGCUCCUGAAUCUCCCGGUUCUACUUCUAGAAAAGGUUAUGCUUUAUUGAUAAACACAUGGAAAAGAAAUGAUCUUUUAAAGCAGUCCAUUUCUCAUUACACAUCAUGCCCGGGGCUUGAUUCAAUACAUAUAGUCUGGAGUGAACCUGAUGCUCCAUCAGAUUCACUUGUAAAAUUUCUUAAUCUUGUUAUUCAGUCCAAAGCUAAUAAUGGCCGACAAAUUGAGUUAAAGUUUGAUAUCAACAAGGAAGACAGUUUAAAUAAUAGAUUCAAGGAAAUUAAAGAUUUGAAGGCGGAUGCUGUGUUCUCUAUUGAUGACGACAUUAUCUUUCCUUGUUCUUCAGUAGAACUGGCUUACAGUGUUUGGCGAAGUGCUCCCGAUGCAAUGGUGGGGUUUGUACCGCGUAUACAUUGGAUUGAUCAAUCGAAAGGCAACGUGAACCAGUAUAUGUAUGGGGGCUGGUGGUCCGUCUGGUGGAUGGGUAGAUACAGUAUGGUACUCUCAAAGGCAGCCUUUUUUCACAAAAAGUAUCUGAGUUUGUAUACCAAUGAGAUGCCCUCAUCGAUCAGAGAAUACACCACCAAGAACAGGAACUGUGAGGAUAUUGCAAUGUCUUUCCUUGUAGCAAAUGCAACUGGUGCUCCCCCUAUAUGGGUUAAAGGUAAAAUAUAUGAAAUCGGUUCAACUGGAAUCAGUAGCAUAAGUGGUCACACUGAAAAGAGGACUCAGUGUGUUAAUAGAUUCGUUGCUGAGUAUGGCCAUAUGCCUCUGGUAUCAACAUCUGUGAAAGCUGUUGAUAGCCGGGAAACCUGGUUUUGGUGAUGACGGUCAUUUGACUUUGGUUUUAUGUGCCUUCUUUGUAAAACUAUUAUAAUUAAACAGUUAUUCGACUGGGUUUUCUUUUGUAGAAUAUGCUUUUUAUUUAUAAGUUAAAGAGGUAAUCUAGACUUUUGUA